AGUUGCUGAACGGUGUUGGAAUUCAGUGCUAUUAUUAAUCGCCAGCAUAGAGCAUACGUUCCUUAAGACGAAGGCAAAAUGUCAAUGGUGGAAUCUGUGCAACCCACCAUGGAGGAGGAAUCGUUCAUCAUACUCGGCAGUACGCCGACACCGUCGAUGGUAAAUUUUUCGAUGCCACCCGCGUCGUUCCAGCCAACGUCGGUUGUUGAGCGCGAAGUAGAAGAGCCGGCGAAGGUUUCAUCAGCGGCCACGAAAAUGGAGAUAUCUACCCAGCUCGAUUCGACCACCUACAGUCUGCUUCCGAAUGGUGGAUCUUUAAGUGCAUCUGUUGCGCAGUUGCUGCCGGGUAUGCAAUCACUGAGUGAAUCAUCAAAGGCACUUUUGAUUGCGUCAGCGGAAUCAAUCCCUCCGCAGCAACCACCGUCGGGGGCUUCGGGCGAAGCAGGAGCACCGAGCCUGCAGUCAAUUGAAAACAAGGAAAAUGUUCCACUAAAUUCUAUCAAGUCGAACCGGCAACCGACGGCUUCUUUCAUAAUUGGCGAAACCCAAUCGAUUCUGCACCAGUUCCCGAGCCUCGCACAGUCAACAAUGUCGAUCGAAGAAAUCCAUUUACUGCAAAAGCUUAGCAUGGAGCACAGCCAACUGAAGGAGAGUCUGCAGCGGGCAAACGUAGCGAUGCGCAAAAAUUUCACUUCCAUACAGCAAUUGCAGGAUGAAACAAGGACACGUUGUGCCGAACAGGAGGCACGCAUUUCAGAGCAGCAGCGACAAAUCGAAAAACUAAUGGCAGAAAACACCAUGCUGUUGAAGGCAAACGACACGCUCGCUGACGAACUCAACGUUGCCAAAGCGGCCACCACCCGUGCUGAAGCUGAGCUGGAAACUGUCCGCAAAGAGCUGAGUGCGGAGGUCGAAGAAGUUGGACGUGUUCGCGAGGUUGAGCGCAAAGCGGCUCAGCUGGAAGUCGACGAGGUACGCAAGGAGUCCUCUGAGCGUCAGUCCAUCAUACAGAACCUGGCGAAGAAGAUUGAAGAUUUGGAGCUUCAAAUCAAGGGUUUUGUGGUGGUGAAAAGUAACAAGCCGGAGAAGAGUGACACUGAUGCCAGCUUUGUCCCGUUGGAUGUACAUAAGCAGCAGAUCAAAGCUCUAGAAAGACGGAUGUCGGUAGAGGUGGCCAAAAAUUUAGAGUUUGAAGAUAUGCGCAAAUUGUUCGUGGAUGAAAUCAACUGUCUGAAGGCUAAUGCCAAUACGGCAGAGCAGGUGUUCGCACAAUCGCGAUUCGAGACGCAACAAUUGUACGACACCAUUAAGGAACGGGACAACACAAUCGAGGACCUUCGAAAACAAGUUUGUGUACUCCGCGAGCAGUCGGAUGUACUAGCGGCACAGUCCGAAAUUUUCCAAAAAGACUUCGAGGCGGAACGUGCCGGCCGGCAGGAGCUGGCAAGCGAGAAGAGUCGGAUUCUGGCCGAAUUCGAAGUGCUUCAGCGACGAAACACAGAGCUUGAGGCGAAAGUGUCAAUGACAGAGUCUGAGCGUGAACAAGUUGCACAGAGGGCUGCUCAGAUGGUCCAGGUAGCCACAAACAGCCAGGAAGCGGCCUCAUCUAACCAAGCCGCCACUAGCGAACAGAACGAACCGCGAAGUCUGCUACGCUGUCCACUGUGCUUGAAGGGAUAUAAGGAGUUAUCUGCAUUGCAAAGUCACGCAGCCUUUUGUAUGGGCAACGAAUAAGUGCUUAGCAGGUGGAAUAUGAGUGCUAUAUGUAUUAUGUUAUAUGUUUCAUUAUAUAUCUAUUAAAGCGUAAUGUUUCAUUCAACGUUUAGAGAAAAUAACACACAAAUCUGUAAAGAAGCUAAAGUUAACGUGACGAUUUUCGAGGACGUGUGAGAUUAGCCUUCGCCUACAGAGUAUCAACAAUGCUUUAGAUAAGAAUUGUAUGACUAAUGAUAACGGAGUGCCCGAAAUUUGCAGGGUGUGAUGACUAAUGUAUGGAAUGAAUGAAUAAUGACUAAUGUAUCAAUAGAAUUGGUUUCUGAUGCAAACAGAUUAAAUAAAAUAAUGUUAUCACAUGAAUGGA